AUGAAAAUCUGUUUAAAUAUAGAAAAUGAGGAGAAAAGACUCGUUGACGUCACAGAGCAACCAACUAAAUUUUCUUCAUCUUUUUAUACUGAUCAAACAAGAGAAAUAAAAAUAAUUAGAGAAGCAUUUAACUCCAAUAAUUUUACAUAGCUUAGGGAACUGCCAAAUUUUAAAAGAAAUGCUUUAUUGAAUAAUUCCAAAUAAAAAGUGUUUAAUGUUUUCGACAAUUUUUCGCCCACUGUUAAAGUUCAAGGGAUGAACAAAUAUUUUGCACCGUUUACAUAUAUACCAACUGAUUAUGAUUUUGCUAAGUAUUUAAAAAGAUUAAAGCAAUUAAUGGAUUAAGAAAAAUAAAAUUACAUAAGUACGAAGCCUUUCUUAAAUUGUGCAUCAGUGGGAAAGAAACUUAAAUAUAAUGAUUAAUUUUUUAUAAAAGAAAAUUUGCUGCCUUUUCACUUAUCCGAGGAUAUUUUUGAUCUCAAAAAGCAAUCAGAAUCUAGAUAAAAAAUUAUUUCUGAAUGUUAAAGACUAUCAGGAGCUUUCAAACCGGCUGGAAAACAUUAUCAAAAAUACGAUGCGGAAAUUAUUCUUUCAAAUCUAAAAAAUGCAAUCAUUGAAGAUUAUCCAACUUCAAAAUUUACAAUAACUAAUAACUUAGCAAAUGUAAUUACUGUUUAAUUUCAUUUUGAGAUUAACCCUAAAGAGUUGAUUUAUUAUAUGAAUGCUUUACUGAAUGAUGAAAGAUUAACUGAUUAUUAAUUACAUAAACUUAUUAAUGAUUGGGGAAUUCAAGUAAAUUAAUCAAUAAUGGCAUUUUCUAUGAAAUCUCUUUGGAUAAAAUGA